AUGGAACCGAUCGCUAGCAGAAGUCAUCAAAACGAGAAGGAAAUGGAUGUAGACUUGUGUCCAUCGCUUGAAUCCGCUGAUCGCACGAAGACUGGGAAAAGUGGUAAACGAGAAGUGAGUCUGAAGUCCAUAUUGAGUCCAACGGCGCGACGAGUAGUGACCAGACAUUCAAAGUCCAGAAAAUUACUGAAAUGGAGAUCCGGUGCACAGAUUGAAAGCAUUCGCUAUUUCCACGCAAAUCAAAGUAAGGUGUGCAGUCUGUACGAGAAUCAGCCGAUGCCUCGAAAGCUGGUCACCGCUAACAUGACCCGCGAUAUCGUGAAGCAGUCCAACAGUCAGACUCCGACCCAACGUUUCGCGCAAAUACAGCAAACGCUGGGAAAGGUGGCCAACGAGAGCCGGGACCUAAUGACCAGCUUUGGCGUGGGUUUGGGCGUCGGCUUACAGCCCAUUCACUUGAAGGGACGGGUGUUGAAGGCGCCAACCCUUGAGGGCUCCAUAAAGAGGGUGAAAAGUAGCCAACCGUUGGAGCGGUAUUUGUUUUUUGUGAGUACGGAGCUUAAGAACGUUAAGGAGUUGAUGACCACCUUCUUUGGCAAACUCGUGAGGUAUGGGAACGGUAUGGGCAUCCGUGUUAAGCCCCUGACCACCACUGGUCAGCCACUGGAGCUCAAGUUCUGCGCCUAUAAGGGCAUCGAUGAUAUCAAAAAGGCCUUCAGUAUCGCCAAACCCACCACUCAAUUGAUAUUCUUCGUGACUCCCGGCACUGGUGUUGUCUAUAAUGCCAUCAAAUACUUUGGGGACGUCGUGCACGGCAUACCCACACAGUGUAUACUGUAUACGCACUUUAUGAGGACCCCCAGCGGUUACUUUGAUAACCUGUUGAUGAAAAUCAAUGCCAAAAUUAAUGGUCAGAAUCAGGUGUUGAUCCCAACGGACAGACCCUCGGCUAUAGUGUCCGGGGCGGGAGUCACAGCCCGUCGCACAAUGGUUGUGGGCGUGGAUGUGACACAUCCGGGCACUAAUCCGUUGGCUAAUGAGCGGGUGGUGUCGUCCAUAGCGGCAUCGGUGGCCAGUUAUGACCCGGAGUUCAGCAAAUUUGGGGUCACUAUUGCCGGACAACCAUUGAAUACAGAGAUUAUCGCCAAUUAUGACGAUAUGUUUGUCACUCAUCUCAAGACAUUUAUGGCCAAAAAUAAUGGAAAUUUGCCCCAAAGUGUGAUCGUAUACAGGGAUGGCGUAUCCGAUGGACAGUUCGCUCACGUGAGGGACAACGAGAUCCCAUUAAUUGGGAAUGCAUUCAAGCGCCUAAGCCCUGGAUUUGCGUUCAAAGUGACGGUGUUUGUGGUGCAGAAGCGACACCACACCAGGCUUAUGCCAUUUGAAAAGCGCACCGGAAGGGACCUGAACAUCCCCGCGGGAACGGUAGUCGACCACACGAUUACCAAUCCGAUGUACAAUGAGUUUCACUUGUGUUCACAUAAAGGAUUACUCGGAACGUCACGUCACGGGAAGUACGUCUGCCUUCGAGACGACCACAACCUCUCGGAAGACCAGAAGCAGCAGAUGUCGUAUUACUUAUGCCAUACCUACUGCCGGUGCGCGACUCCCAUAUCGAUACCGACGCCCGUAAUGUACGCCCAUUUGGCUGCCUAUAGGGCUAAGCAACACAUUGCCGCUCAAAAUGAUGACUUCGAGUCCAGGGUUAGGGAUGAGACCAAUGACAGGAAACAGGAACGGGAGGCCAGGAAUAUCGCCAAACUUAACUCCAGGGCUGCCGUCAAUCCCAAGAUUAUUCUGUUGCCGUAUUAUGUUUAA